UCUCUCUCCAGCCUCUGUGUGUCUCUGCCGCUCCCAAACACACCGGAGACUACAAGCAAGACGAAGAAGAAAAAAGAAAAAAAAAAAAAAGCAGACAGCAGCUGAUGAAAAUAAGGAAGUAAAAACGCUGUCGGACUGGAGCUAGAGUCCCAUUUUUACUGCCUUGCAAAGUAAAAAACACACCAGUCGACAGCUCGGUAAUAGCAUUCAAGGCACGACGGUUGUGCUACGGAAGUUAGCCGUCAAGCUAAUUCCUACACAUUUUCUGCAAACAGAAAAACAAAAAAAAACACAACAAGAGGUGGACAGGAAGACACAGACGAACUUACAUCUCUGAUCCCCAGAAUUUUUUAAUCAGCCACCAUGGACCACCAAGGGGAAGAACCAAUGGGGCUGAAACAGGAAGAGCUGCCGCAGAUGGACGGUUCGUGCGACGCGUGCGAGCCCGAUGAGGCCCAGCCAGCGACACAAGUGUGCCACACCUGCAGCUUCGCCUUCUGCCCGCUUCACGCUGACAGACACGCCAGCAACACACAUCACGCGUUGAUGCCUUAUAACUGUGAUGGGACACAGGCUAAUGGUCUUGGCACAAACGGGGACUCCAGAGUCGGAGGCGAGGAUGAGGCCGGGGCAGAGGGGGCGGCUGGAACGGGUUCAAAUCAGGCCACGGUACCACUUGGGUUGGCGGCGGCCGGUGGCGGCGAGAGUGGCAAUGUCGAGGAGGGAGAGGCGGCCCAGAAUCCGCCGCCUCUGGAAGCUGAGCUGGGUGGAGGAGCUGAGGGAGCGGAGGCCAUGCCUGCCGGAGAGGCCGGGAAGAAGGACAGCGUGACAGUGGAGAGGCUCCGCUGCAAGGAGCAUGGACAGGAAGGCUCCCUCUACUGUAAACCAGAUGAAAAGAUAAUCUGCGUGGUAUGCGCGGUGCAGGGCGAGCACAGGGGGCAUGAGAUCAUCACUCUGUAUGAGGCCUACGUGUGGCAGAAGAGCAGGGAGGGUUACGACCUGCUGGGCUGUACACAACAGAUGGCUGAGAACGUCAAGACUAAGUGGACCAACCCCGAGAUGUCUACAGAGGAGCUGGAAGAAUACGUGAACAGGCAGUUCGACGAGCUCCGCAAGCUGGUGCGUCUGGAGGAGAAGAGGUUCCUCCACCUGGUGGACCUCAAAGAAGCGUUCCUCACCGCGUCCGCCGCCGAGAAGAUCGCAGAGAUCACCGUCGAAACCGAAAAGCUGCAGGAAGAGAUGGCCAACAUCACGCACCAGCUGUGCCUGCUAGAACAGGCCGAGUCACAGGCUCCUGCGGUGGCAGUCGAGGCCCUCGUGGCAGCGAAUCGACCAGCAAACAGAGCGCUGCGCGACAUUGAGGCCAGGCCAAGGCUGCCAGAGCCGAGGGCAAACCCCAUGAACCCGCGGGACUUGGAAGACAAUGAUUCAGGGCCGUCCAUGGACCACGCCCCGUGAUACAAGCAGACCGGAGUCCGACUACAUCCACCUGUCCUUCACUGUCUGCUUCAGCCAGCCGUCAGCCCUGUCACGCUGUCAGGCCGGCCCUCUUUCUGUCACUCGUCUCCCUCUCUCUCUCUCCUCCCCUCUCAGGCGCCUGCUGGCAGUGAACUGACCUUGAAGAAGGCUGGUGUGACAAAUAUGGAUGGCCACGUCUUUUCUACUCAAACUUUUUUUAAUUCCUCACUAGCUACUAACUUUCUUUAAUUGAGGCACGCAAGUUAUGUGCAAUCAAUUACCAUCAGGCUCAAUUUCCACAGCCAGUCAGAUCCUUGGCUUACUGGUGAGCCUGGCUGACUCGGUAGAGGAGCCUGGGUAGGCAGCCGAGCAGAGCAUCUGUUAAGCCCAACAGAUGACAGAAACGGGGAAUUCGGUGACAUUGUGCGCUUCACUCUUUCGUCCGCGGUAUCAUUUUCGAUGCCGCCAUCUCGACAAGCACUCUGGACGCUCUCAGAUGUAGAAAGGACACAUUUCUCAGAUGCCACGAUGCCUUAUAUCAUCCACAGAAUAUAUAUAUAUGUCGCAAAGGUGUUCGGGGUGUUAUAUUUUGAUUGUAAAAAAAAAAAAAGUGUCUCUUGUGCUUUCCGUCAUCCUGCCGCCUUCACCCUACACCCCGCUGAGUCUUAACGCUUGUAGAUUUGUGCGCACUUCCUCGUGUUCUUGUCAGAUCUGUUAUCAAACCCGGGGGACGUUUUGACACCUAUUGAUUGGCGAACGUUGCCGAGUCUUUGUUGGGUGAAAAUCGAAUUGCGUCUUGACUUGCGAAACAGCGCUACGGCAGCAUCGGCGUCUCCAUGCGCUGUAAUGUAAGAGCUCAUUACCGCGGGCCAAUCUGCAGCACAUGACAGAUUACAGUCCAGACAAGCGCACGCACUUUCCUACCUUGACCCGCUCAGCUUUAGUUUUCAUUUAUGAUGUACUGCCACCAGUCCGUCCAUAUCAGCAGUUUGUUUUUAAUGUGAUUGAUUCGGUUGCCUUAAACUCGGAAUUGAAAGCGGUGUCACCCGUAAUCUGUGGGACAAGUCUGACAACGACAUGACUUCACUACUGUAGCGCUGCACUAAAAUGCACUGAGAAUUGUUUACCCGCCCAGGGGAAAUGUUGGUGUGUCAACAGCCUAUUGGGAAAAAAAAAAAAAAACACAACUGCUCGAGCUUAUUCUGUUUCUGGUGUAACGAAAGACAGGAGUCUGACUGUCUGAUGUUUCCUCUUGUUUUUAUUUGUCUAUUUUUAUCUUAAAUCUAUAAAUAAACAGCCUGUUUCUUAUACUGGAUGCAGAAGAUGAGACUGUCUCCACUUUAAGGACCGUUCUCGUGUCAUUUGUCUCUUGCAAAACUCUGGAAACACCUGAAAGCCAUCUGUCAGCCGAGUCACCACUAUCAGAAAACCUUACGGGCAUGUAAGACAUUUUCAUUCUGAUGAAUGGAGACAGGAAAAGAGAUGAAAUGCCCUAAAGAGGGAAUUCAGGAUGGGGAGAAUUUCUAGUUUUCCUUCAUUAAAAUUCAAAGCAGCAACCCAUCCAGAUAGGCCUGGGAAUUGGAGGUUUGGGAACAAGGGGGUGAUGGAGCAGCAGAGCUCUUUAGGGUCUCCGCUUCUCUACAGAUGCAUUUAAAUACAGACUGGUUUCAUGCCUACAGACCCAGACAAGCCAGAAUCCACUUUGAUCAACUCAUAACCUCAAUCUGAAAGCCUUUGUCUCUCCGCCGCUCCUUUUCCCUUUUCGCAUUACUUCUCUCGCUUUCUCAGAAACACACCAUGCGGCACACAUUCGCUUCGCACCUGCUUUCUACCUGAGCUGCUUCAUCAAGCCAAGAGUGCCUUCUCAGCACUUAAUUGAGAUAUUGACUUGGAGAAACACUGAGAUAUUGACUCAGAUAAACCCAUUUAGCCGCUGGCUAUUGCUAUCCUGAUGGUAACAUCUAGUUUUGUAUUCUCUGCUGAGUUUAACUUUUGAUCUUCAGCGUUCACAAAGCCAUUGUCUACUGACCAAGCUGCGGAGCACUUGAACCCCGUUAAAGAUUUUCCUCCCCUGUGUGUGUUUUAGUGUGUCUAAGGCUAAAUUGAUUUAGGCUCUCCGGGCGUGGGCAUUGCCAGAUGCAGGCUCCUGUGCUAUCAAAGGGGAGGCUGGUUUCAGCGGAUAAUCAUAUCCCCUCAUGUGCGUUGCUUAUGCCACGGCGCAAGAAUAACAAACCUGAGGGGGGGACAAUGUGCCUGUUGUCAGGGGAGGAAAUGGAGAGGAGAAGAUUGUCUGAUCUCAUUUAGCCAGGGAGACCACAAGGUUCCCUUUUUUUCCACACCCAAUUACACCUGCUCCUCCAGGUUCACUCCACUGAGCAUGUUCACAGAGAGACACAAAGAUGCACAAACAAACAGAAGCACCGCCGUAAGACCUCCGCUUUCCUGACGGAGCAAAAGAGAGAGAGAGAGGGGGAAAGAAAAAAAAAAGACUAUUUGUGUAUUUGUAUUGACAUGAAUUAAUUGCUUCAUGGGUUGUGAGAUUGAAUUAGCUACGUGACAUGCUUGCAAGUGGCGAUGCAGCUUUGAUUGCCGCCUUUAAUAGAGCCUGUUUCUCUGCCAUCAUUUUAAAAGACAGUUGGAGUCUGUAGUUUCACAGUAAUGGAGCAGCUCCACCACCCACCAACCCACUAUGACAUGCCUUAAUGAUUCUGUUUAUUACCAUGCAAGAGCUAGAAGAGAAGUAGGAAAUUUCCUCUAAUAACAGAGCACGCAUUGCCCUGAGACGUGUGUGUGUGCGCUGCAUGUGUUACUCUAUAUGUGUGUGUGUGUGUGUGUGCAUGUGCUACUCUAUAUGUGUGUGUGUGUGUGUGUGUGUGCCUUUAAGUAUUUGCGAGGAUGUGCAUUAGCCUGUGAAAAAUGACAGUUUAUUUGCAGACCCACACUUCCACCCUUGCUCAAAUUGCAUGUUCUUGUACCAUUCAAGAGAAUGUAUUGCUUGUCUCACAGUAAAUGCACUUUCUUA